AGCUGUACUUAGGGCCAGGAACGUGUUCUUUGAAAAUGUGCUUGCCAUAUUUUGGUCAGAUAUACAAUCUUCUGUCCAGAACAGAAUUUAGAGGGAACUGGUUUUGGCAAUUCACAGCAGAUGACUAUAUACAAUGCUGAUUGGCUGACUUCUGUAACAUCAUGGAUCUACUUUUUCUCAGAGCAGAUUUUCAACUUGUAGAAAAGACAACGGAUUUAUACAAAAAUAAAAGAUGCUGAAUAAAGGUUUACAUGCUUAAACAUACAAAGUUAAACAACAACAACAACAAAGGUAGAUAGCUGGUUCAAAGCAAGGGGGAAGGAGCAAAAUCAGCUUUCAUAUACCAGAGAUGUCAAAAGCUGCUCCCAAGAAGCCAGCCCCUCCCCCAGCAGGCUUCACCUUGGACAUUAAUGACCCUCAGGUGCAAAAUGCUGCUAUUCGCAUCCAGGCCUCCUACCGUGGGCACAGGUCCCGCAAGGAAAUGAGAGAGAAGGGCCCCCCACGGGUGUUGCAGAACCUCAAGGAUCUGGUGUUGAUGGAGGGGAGCGCAGCCAAACUAGAAUGCCGCAUCAGUGCCUUCCCUGAUCCCUUUAUCCGCUGGUCCAAAGAUGGCGCAGAGCUCAAGGAUGGGCCUAAGUACCGUUACAUCUUUGAGGACCCUGACAUAGUAGCCCUGGUGGUACGUGACGCUGGCCUCCCUGACCUGGGCAAGUACACCAUCUCUGUGAAGAACCCCUUUGGAGAGUGUUUCGACUCCGCGCGUCUCCUCAUAGAAGUGCCUGCAAAAAUCGAGAGAGGCCCAGACAGCACUAAGGCCAAGAAGGGCAGCACAGUCAAUUUGACAGCCCACAUCAGUGGAGAGCCAGCGCCUGACGUCGGCUGGGCCAAGGAUGGCGAGGAUAUUGAAGAGGAUGAUCGACUGUACUACAAUAUCGGCAGUGACUCAACAACUCUCACCAUCAAGAAGGUGACACCGGCUGAUGCUGGGAAGUACGAGGUCUUUGUGGAGAACAGUCUGGGCAUGGACCAGUCCUUUGCACGCCUUGAUGUGGUUUGAGCUCCUGCCCUCCAGCUGCCUAGCCCCCCCAAAGAAACUCUCUGUGCCCGCCUAGCAUGGCCCAGCCAGGGGGUUGUGUUGCCCAACUCUGGGAUCUGGCUGAGCAUAGAGAAUGGCACUGACCAGCCCUCAGAGCUGGGGAAAGCAAACUAGACCCUCCAUGGUGCUAUCACGGCCUUUUGUCCCUCUCAGUUGCAAUUGAGAGCCUUGCUGAUUCUCUCCUUGGGUUAUCUCACCAACACAAUUCUGACUUGCUGGGUGUACACCGUUCCCCCCCCCCCCGCCCGCCCCCAACUGCCUGGCAAGGAUUCCUCACCCAGCCCCAGGGCUGAAUCAUUUUAUUGGGCCCAUGAGGUCAUGAUGACCUGGCCAGCUAAUGGCUUUGCCCUACAUGUGCCAUGGCAGCAGCUCCUGAAAAAGCCUCUGUGGGGGGGGGGGCACAGGAGGAGCUUCCAAGGCCCUACGCACCAGCAGCUUUUCCUCAGAACUUCAGAGAUCAUGAGCCAUCCCAGAAGCCUCCUCCGGGCCUGU